GUCUUCAAAUUAUGUCAAUUUACCCCGCCUACGGCCCAAUCACGCCUUGCGCACUCAUGCUCCUGUCUUCGCUCCGACCUGUCCUCUCGGGCCGCCUGAGAAUCCUCAAUAACGCGACCCAUAUAGUUAAGCCUUCUUACUCAAACACUGUUUCAAGGUUCUAUCUUGAUCCAUUAGUCGAGGGGAUCCCAGAUAAUGCCAGAAGAUACGUCGGUAGAUGGCUUUUAGGCAUGGCCGGUAUGUGUAUGGGCGCUGUUGUCCUUGGAGGUGUCACCAGGCAAGUACUUUCCAAUUGUCUAAAAUUGCUCACGGAAUCAGGCUUAUCGAUGGUAGAUUGGCAUCCGUUUAAAGAGCUACCUCCUUUAAAUGAAGAAAAAUGGAAAUCCGAAUUCGACAAGUACAAGAUUCUUCUUCGUGAACAAGGGGAAAUGACCCUCGAACAGUUUAAAUUUAUUUGGGCCAUGGAAUACAUUCAUCGAAUGUGGGGUCGAGUUACUGGUCUGGCAUUUAUUGGUCCAGCUGCAUACUUUCUUUAUAAAGGGUACAUAUCAAAACGCAUGAAGCCGCGAUUAUUACUUUAUGGUGUUCUUAUCGGUUUCCAAGGUUUGCUGGGUUGGCAUAUGGUGAGAAGCGGACUUGAGGAACCAAAGAAACAACCGGGUACUGAUGCUUUGGAGAUGCCUCGUGUCAGUCAUUAUCGCUUAUGCGCCCAUUUAUCUGCAGCUGCAGUUUUGUACUCCCUUUUCGUGUGGUCUGGGAUAGCUCAUAUGACCAAACACCCAUUGGUUCCUCGUUAUUCAAAUUUACUACGUUUAAAAGUUUUGACGCAUUCUACUAAGACUAUUGCUUUUGUAACAUUGAUGUAU